AUGAAGUUUGAUAUCUGUCAUUAUGUACUCCUCAGCUCGAGUUUUCUCUCUUUCUCGGCGAUAGCAGCCGACCUCAAUAGGAAAUCGCACCACGGUGCUGUUCAUAUCCUCGGGCGAGCCAGUCCCAUUACGAACGGAACAUCUGUGAGGUCGUCGAUACCCCCUUCAAGUCACCCUUCAGAGGUCCCAACAUCCCGUGGCCCAUCUCCUGCGCCGACGAACCCGCCAAUGACCACUCUCCCCGUCUCAUCAACAACGACGACGAGCGUAGCACCUGCAACCACAACAGUCAGCGAUGGCGCCACCGUCAUUGUGGCUGCCGGCAAAAAUUGUGGUGGGGGGGCCUGGAGGUGUCUUCUUCACGGUCGCAGGCUCGGCGGCAGCGCCUGUUGCCGUCGCGGCUGGCGCAACCGUAACAGCCAGUUCUCCAAAGGAGGGCGUCAACCCAAUGACACAAUAAAGCCACCCAGCUCUGUGCCUACUUCGAAUCCACCCAAAAGCACGGCGUCAACGAGCACUAGUUUUACGAGCUCAGUGCCGAGCGGAACCCCCACGCCGUGCCUCAUUUUCCCGAAGGAUGGGGCCACAAGACAGGAGAAAAAGGAUUUCAUUUCACUCCUGGACAAGGAACUAGGCAAGGGCAACUAUCGGGAGACGGAAGAUUUGACGGUCUUGUUUGUGAGCGCCGACGUUACAUCUACGCAGCAGAGAACUAUCUCCAGUAAUCCCUUGGUCGGCGGUAUUGAGCCCGUCGUGCAGUUUGAUACGAACACGGGAAAGUCCGUGCCAGUUCCGAACAGCAAGCGGGAUGAAGACGUCCACGAGAAAUGGUGGAUGGAGUCCCUGGAUAAGCUCGGGAGAAUCAGAAAGCGCGCCGUAGUGAAGCAAGACAACGCCCCAACGGAGCUCAUCAUGUUCUCGCAGCCUCCACUGGUCGACCUAGCAGCGCUCAAGAGCUACACGUAUGAUGACAGUGCAGGAACUGGUACAACCGUCUACGUCGUGGACACCGGAUAUUACACCAAGAACAGCGAAUACACUAGAAUGGCCGUGAAGCCGCGCUGGCUCUUCGGAGGCUCCCAGUCUGCCAAAUCCGUCAAAGAGGACGUCGACCCCGGCGGUCAUGGAAGCUGUGCUGGGUCCAAGGUCAAUGGACCCAAGUACGGGGUCGCAAAGCAGGUUAAUCUCGUCAUCGUGAAAGCCUCAACUAACUCAGACGAUACGCUCGACGCACUCAACCAGGUCUUGGCAGACAUAAGAAAAAACAAUUUACAGGGUAAAGCCGUGGUGAACUUUUCGCGGUCACUGGAUAACCCAUCGCCAUUCCAGAAGAAGAUGAUAGAAUACUACGUCAAAGAAAUGAUUAGGGAAGAUGUCAUCUUUAUCACGGCAUCAGGAAAUGACGACCGGGAUGAAGUCUAUGACGGAAAAGUGGCUGCACUCGACGUCGAUGCCUGGCCUGCCUUGAUGGCCGCGGCUGGUGUGCCGAUCAUCAACGUUGGAGCUGUUGACAACACAGGCAAGAACGCCUCCUUCUCCCAGGGAGGAUCCCUGGUCCAUGUUAUGGCACCCGGCGUCCAGGUCCAGUGUGCUGCCAACUCAUUUUUCUUUGGAACGCAGAAAUUAGAUGGUACAUCGUACGCCGCCCCCUCAGUGGCUGGUCUCGCAGCCUAUCUACUUGCUCUAGGAGAACACCCGGAGCUGUACCAAGCCGGAAAGGUAGCGGAAAACAUGAAGAAGAUCCUCGUGGACAUGGCGUAUCAGAGAGUGCCAGGCGGAGGGCAGGUGGCGUUCAACGGCCAAGGGGCCGUCAGCUCUCGGCGCAGCAGCGCCAAGUUCAAGAGGCAAGACCUCAGCGGCGAAGCUUGCUCGGCUAAACGCAGCCUUCAGUGGUGGGGCUGCCUCGCUGGCGACGUCGGAGCGCUUCUUGCCGGUGAACUGACAGUUGCCGCCAGAAUACAAGCUGCCGCCAUCACAGACGUUCUCUUCUCCGUUGGAGCUCGCCACGUAUCUGAAAUCUCGGCAGUCGCCUCCGGUCAAGCCACUGCCGUUGAUCCCCCAGUCAGUCGGGAUGGCCCGGAGCCCGAUGCUGCGGAAGACGUCCCUGCAGUAGCCGUAGACGUCGAUGGCGGAGACAGUGGCAAUGGGGCCGGUCAAGAUAUAGGAGCCGUACAUGUUGGAUAA